AUGGAAAUCCUCUACACCCUCUUCUCCUACAUAGCAACUGCACUUCUACUCAUCUUCACACUCUUUUCACUAUUCAUACUCAGAAUCUUCAUUGGAAAAUCAAUUUUCAACAAGAAUUAUCCACCAGUAGUUGGAACUGUAUUUGAUCAACUCUUCUACUUCAACAGAGUCUAUGAUCAACAAACAGAAAUGGCUAAAAGACAUCGCAGCUUCAGGCUUCUGGCUCCAAAUCAAAGUGAAAUAUACACAACUGAUAUCAGAAAUAUUGAGCAUAUUCUUAAAACUAAUUUCUGGAAGUACUCCAAAGGUGAGUAUAAUCAAGAAAUAUUCCAUGACUUGUUUGGCAGUGGGAUUUUUGUAGUGGAUGGGGAUAAGUGGAAGGAGCAGAAGAAACUGGCGAGUUCUGAGUUUUCAACUAGGGUUUUGAGGGAUUUUAGUUGCAGAAUUUUUAGAGAAAAGACUGCAAAAUUGGUUAGACUUGUUCAUGGGUUGGCUCUGACCAAACAAGCCUUUGAUGUACAAGGUUUGUUAAUGAAAUACACCUUGGACUCUAUAUUCAAAGUUGGUUUUGGAGUGGACUUAAAUUGCCUGGAAGGAUCAGACAAAGAGGGAAGUGAAUUCAUAAGGGCUUUUGAUGAUUCAAAUGAAUUGACAUAUUGGCGUUAUGCAGAUCCAUUUUGGAAGCUUAAGCAGUAUCUAAACAUUGGCAGUGAAGCAACCCUCAAGAAGAACAUCAAAUCCAUCCACAAUUUUGUUGAUGCUUUGAUCAGUACUAAGAGAAGACAAAUGGAAAUGCAACAGCAUUGUAAUGACAAGGACAUACUUUCAAGAUUCUUGGAGGAAAGCAAAAAGAAUCCAGAGAGGAUGACCAAUCAAUAUCUAAGGGAUAUUAUUCUCAGCUUCAUGAUUGCAGGCAAAGAUACAACUGCUAACACUCUUUCUUGGUUUAUUUAUAUGCUUUGCAAGAACCCGAUUAUCCACGAAAAAAUUGCAAAAGAAGUGGGAGAAAUUAGCAGUAGUACUCCAUGGAAUGAAGCUAGUACUGUCGACGAUUUUGUGGAACGUAUUACUGAUGAAGCACUUGAAGACAUGCAUUACCUUCACGCAGCAUUGACUGAAACCUUGAGGCUUUACCCUGCAGUCCCUGUGGAUGGGAGGUGCACAGAAACAGAUGACACUCUCCCAGAUGGAUUCAAACUGAAGAAAGGAGAUGGUGUAUACUACAUGGCCUAUGCAAUGGGCAGAAUGAAUUACAUUUGGGGAGAUGAUGCUGAAGAUUUUAGGCCUGAGAGAUGGCUUAAAAAUGGGAUCUUUCAACCUGAAUCACCCUUCAAAUUCGUAGCAUUCAAUGCCGGUCCUCGAACUUGUUUGGGGAAAGAUUUUGCUUAUAGGCAAAUGAAGAUAGUAUCAGCAGCUCUUGUCCACUUCUUCCGGUUCAAAUUAGAGAAUAACACUGAGAACGUGACUUACAGAACCAUGAUUACACUUCAUAUAAAAGGAGGCCUCAACAUUCAUGCACUUCCAAGAAUAGGUUCUGUAAAGAUCUGA